AUUUCCUCCUCCGUUCUACCGUCAAUUGACGAAGUCAAAGCCAUGACAACUACUGGGCUUCGGUACAUGGCCAGCCAACGCACCUACACGGAUGUCAUGAUUGACGUUCGUCCAAGCUGCUUCCUACUGCCCGAGCUGGGUGUCUAUAAGGAGAAGUGCCGUCUGAUUUUGGUGGACUUAGGAAGUGUUCGUUUACGGUCCGCGCCCGCACAACUCGCCCUGCCUCGAUCUGCUGGCAAACAGGACGACGGUCAAGGUCAGCCUUCUACCCUGCCUGGUCGUGCUCAGUCGGAUGAGCGCUACAAACAGCUACUUCAGGCGGACUUCGAACAACUGAAGGAACAGGCCUAUGAUCGCUUUCAAAUCGAACUUUCCUCCAUGCAGAUCAUAAUGGUCCAGCGAGGAGAGGAUUGGCGCCAACUGAGGACGCAGGAGGAUAUGUCAAAUCACAUUCUUAGGCCACUUAAAAUUGACCUUACUCUACGCCGAUGCAUAGUUCCCAAAGAAUUCGCUCUGCCCCUGUAA